GUUUUCUUGUUUCUUUGGUCGUCGCCGACUGUUGCUUAGCUCAAUGCACCAAAAACCUGGAGCUGCUGAGAAGUUCCUUGUCUCGCUUCUGCAAGCUGUGGUGCCAGAUAGAGAGGCAGCAAGAGAUAUUUAUAAUGAAAUCCUAGCAAAAAAGCACCAGUGUCCCUUGCAGAAGUAUUUGACCCUGACCCCCCCAUGCCAGGUCCCAUCUCUGUCUGCAGUUCGCCAUGUGGCAGAACAGAAGAGCUGGGAAGGCUUCAGUCCGUCACAGCUGCUUUCCCCCUUGGAAGCACAGCACAUGGGCACCCAAGAGCUGAAUCGCAGGCUGGCCUGGAUACUACUGGGAGUGCUGAGAGUCUCCUCCAGGAGCAGUUCCCUCCAGCUGCAGGACAAGAGCAGCACACUUCCCUGUGUGAUAUCCCAUAAGGAUGGUAGCCCCUUUGCCCGUACAGCUCUCAUAGGAUCGCUCUUGAAGGUGGAAAACUACCAGCUUGUAGUGGAGAGAUUCAUUCAGACUGAUUUUCCCUCCUGGGAGCAGCUGGCGAAUCUGGAGCAUGUGAGGGAGAAAAAAACAAGUGUCUAUGUGCAGUUCUACUUUGAGGAUGUUCAGGUUCUCCAUGCUGUUGAAGGACAAAUCCAGAAAGGCCUUAGGAGUGGAAGGAGCUCCUCUUUGAGGCAGAAGGAUGAUGGCAGCUUAACAUCUGAGCUGGAAAUGCCAAAGGCAAAAAUGCUGAAAUUGGAGGAUCCCAAGCCAGAUACUUGCAGAGAUGGGAAUGGUCAGCGGGGCCAGAGCAGCACUAGAAGAACCAGCUGUGUGUCUCACCUAUUCUUGGUUACCCAGAAAGAGGGUCUUAUGUUACGCAAUUACCAACUACCCAGAGAAGAAAAUGGAGAAGGACAGGAGCUGCAGCGCAGUUUCCAAGUCACAGUGCUGUGGCUGGGCAGACCUCAGCUCUGGAGCCAUCCCAGAGAAAUUGGGAAUCUACCAGAGCUGGAGAAGACCAGCUGUGAUGGAGAAGAGGGCAUGACACGGCAAGAAGCACUGCUGCUCUUUAUGGGGAAGUCUCUGCGAUGGUUUCCAUUUCUGCACCUGGAUGGGCUGUAUCACUUGAUUGUGCCCCAGUGCUCGGACUUGGAAGUGUUUGACAAGCUAUGUUUUCCACCUGUGCCAGCAAAGUUCCUGAACAGGUCAUCCUGCCCCCUGUGCCUGCCUGUCCAAGAUACCUGGCACUUACAGCAUGAGACAUGGAUCUCCUGUCUGACUGAGCGCCAGCUGGCAGCUGGGUUGGUGCUGACAGGCAUGGACCAGAGAAUUUCCUCCAUUACAGAAGUACUCAGCAACAGUUUCACAGGUUCCCUUGUUUCUUUCUCUGGUGUGAUAGUGGAGAGGACCUUGUGUGCCUCUCCCAAGAAUGAGAAGCCAUCUGGGAGUGUUGGCCUUCAAAAGCAGAAAGGCAGUCUGCUAGCCAGUGAUCACAGUGUGAAGCUCAGCAUCUCAGUUGCUCCAGGCUCCCCUGUUGUGGUGGACAUUUACAUUGCUGCCACCUAUCUGCAGCAUCUCUGGGGUUUGCUGCCUGGAGCCAAGAUCCUCUUCCAGAACUUGGAACGCAAAAUCUCCAGAUUCCAUAAUGUUUAUUGCACAUACAUUGCCUCCAGCUGUGUGAGCAUUGUAUCUCUGCCAGCUUCUCACCUACCUCAUCCUUCAAGUCCUGCAGGAGAACCCUCAUCCCCCUCGCUAGUGUUUCUAUAUAACUUGCAACCUCACCUGCAACACCUGCCUCAGGCACAGAUUUUAUGCCAUGUGACCUGUGUACUGACUCUGUCCCUGCAAUGGGUUUGCUCACUUUGCAGCAGCAUCUUCAAAGAGGGGAGGUGCACCCGACACAGUCCUCCAUGUCCAUCACACAUAGGAGUGAGGCAAGCCAGUGCACGGGUGCUGGUGGAGGACGGAACAGGUGAAGCUUUGGUGCUGUGCAGGAACCAGCACGUGGCAGCAGUGCUGGGCCUGAGCCGUCUUGAUUGGGAAGCUCUGCAGAACUGUGUGCAGAGCAGGGGCAGAGUGUCCAUUCAGCAUGGGGAAGCCACUGGCACAGGGUGUAUAGAGGAACCUGAAGAUUUCAUUGCUUGCUACCUAAGGAGCCUGUGCAGGAGUCCUCUCAUCUGUCGCCCAAUCCUGCUGGAUUUCAGCCUAGACAGGAAGCCCUCCAAGAUCCUGCAGCCUGAGCAGCAAGGUUCCCAGUCCUUGUAUAGGACAGGAUUCUGGCCAGCCAGAGUUACUGUACAGACCUCUCAAAUCAAGUGGGUUUUGCGUCAAGACUAG